AUGCUUCCGAAGAAGCCCUGUUUCUACUUUCAACGCGAGGGAAGAUGUCGGUUUGGGGAUUCCUGUAAAUUUGUUCAUGGGCGUGCACCAGACAAUGUCGCACAACAAACGCCGUUUCGUCGCGAAAAUGCCAAUUCUUUCUCAAGUGGACGCCAAAACCACGACGUGACUUUAGAAUCUGUAGUCCGUGCACCGCCUUUCUCGCUAACGGCUUUUAAAGCCCAAUUAACGGAGAAACUGGCAUCCAGUACGUUCUUUUCAGGUCAUUCCGAUACGUUGGUGUGCUUCUGGCCCGGUGCCAAUCGGUUGGAAGUGCUAUGGAAAGGGUUCCUGAUGCCUCAUAGCACCAGUGAUCCGUGGCCCGUGAACAGUCAAACACAGGCACUGAACUUCAUCAACUCUGGACUGUAUGCGCUAACGAACGACAAGAUCGCGCCACUAUUCGUGAGGGAGUUGGGAAAGACUGAAGGUCGAGGUCUGCUCGUGAUUCAAGAACUGCUCAAUCUCACGUACUCGAACGAUGCUGGUCGAGGUCGUGAGGUCGUGUCUUUUCAGCGAGGACUCGUUCCGUUCGUAACCGUGUUAACGAUGCGACGCAUGGAAAUGGUCAGUCGGCACAUGAGUGAAGCCAAUCACGUGUAUGCGUUCAUGCGAACGGCUCAUGUGCAGCUCUUCCAGCUGUAUCUCAAGCAUCUAGAGCAGGUAGUGGAGCGACAUAGUAUUGACGACAAUGCGAUGUCGCAUGAGACUUUCCUGCAGGAGUCGGACGGUCAAAGAUACGCACCACUGUGUUUCACACAAGUAUGUCUCCCGCUUAUCCGUUUAUUGUAUCUGUUGGGCAGCAAGUUCAACGACUUCAUUUAUGAAGAUGCUUUUCAAGAGACUGUCAAGAGCGUCGAUACUCUGACAACUACGUGGAAAGAGAAUAGUCAAGGUGGCGAUUCUACCCUCGACUCGAGGCUCUGCUAUAAAGUAAUGACAGAGGAAAUCGCUCGACUACACAAGAUGAUCCGACGUGGUGAACGUGACAUGCGCACGGGUGCGACGCGUAUGGAGACCGAGCGAAAGAAUUAUGGCCCGGGGCUCGGACCUUGGGACGUGGUCGAUGUCGGCGUGCCUGAGGAAGCUGUGCUGGCAGACGGAAGUGUCGGUCCACGUCACGACAACGAUCAUCAAGAUAUUCAAGACAUUCAAUUGCUACCUACGACAGAGGAAUGCCUGUCACGUGAGAGGCCACUGCUGCCUGGAAACUUUCCAUUUCACGAAAAUGCUCAUUGGUUACCACCUGGACCAGAGCGUUGGGUAGAUACGCACUUUCGGCUCUAUCGAGAAGAUUUUUGCGGGACGAUCAGGUCCAGCUUACAGGACUUGUAUCAUCGACUGGUUGAGAAUCAUGAACACAUUGUUGCUGGUCGUCUGAGAGGCACUGUUGUGGAUUACAACAUAUACCCGAUCAUCGGGUCUGCAAUGCCACUCAAGCACACGGACAGUCGAGGCGAGCGAGAUAAUGGUCGUCGCACCGAGCGCCAUGGGCUCUGUAUUGAAGUGCAGUUCCAGCAACCAUCCGCCGCAAGGUUGACUGGACGGAACAAACUUUUAAGGAAUGCUGACGGUGAUGCAGGGGGCCGAAGGGAGUUAUGGGAGAAGACGGGUCGACUUCCAUACAAAGGGAUGGUUGCGCUCGUCACACAUACUGCCGGUGACAUGCGAGUGAUCUUUUGCCAGAUUGUCGAGCAUGACAUCGAAAAACUCGUGCAGGAUGUAGUGGAGGUAACUUUGCAGCCAUUUGAAAUUCAAGACUUCUCGACGCUCGAGCAAUGGCGGCAUUUUGCAUUGGCUGGAAAUGAUCGAAGGCAAGGUCGGUUGAAUAUGCUGCUGUUGGAGUUCAAUAACAUUUUCUUGGCCGCGUACGAGCCUGUUCUUCGUACGUUGCAAAGCAUCCGACCCACCACCUUGCCACUUCUGGAAUACCUGGCCCCUGAGACCCCACCGACGCCGGGCGAAACUCAAAUGGAGUCUCCCAUGUACUGCUCGAAGGAUGGCUUUACAUUUGACCUCAGCUCGGUGUUACGAACUCAUCCGGGUGCAAUGAACGGUGGCCCGGAUCAACUUCGUCUACGACCCCUUGAACGCCAGUCCCGCGAGGCGUGUGAGACGGCGCUCGUUCGCUACUCAACAUUAGAGCGUGAUCAGGCGAAAGCAUUGGUAGAAGCGUUGAGCAGCCGUGUAGCGUGCAUUCAAGGACUUCCAGGUAGUGGCAAGUCGUUUAUUGGGGCGAUGCUCACACGGAUAAUUCUGGAGGCGAAGAUCUUGCCCAUUCUAGUCGUGUGCUAUACAAACCACGCCCUCGAUCAGUUCUUGUGUCACCUCCUGGACGCUGGUAUCACGAAGCUUGUGCGAAUUGGGGGACAGUGCAAAGAGCCCCGCCUGGAAGACUACAAUCUCAAGAAGAUGCCUAAAGAAUUCCAGCGCUACGAGCUGAAGCUACUAUACACUACACUCGACGAAAAUGCGGAUGCGAUUGCUCUGAAGCUAAAACUACUGAACGAGGGCACUCGUCGCCCGACGUGGACAUCACUCAGACAGUUUUUGGAAACCAACUAUCCAGACGCAUUCGAUUACUUUGUUGAACGCUAUGCCGAAUUGUACGAUGAUGACUGGGAUAUCGCCGGGUGUAGCGAUAUACUGGACUAUUGGAUUCAGGGGAUGGACAUAAUUGCUCUGCAUCGUCGUGUUCAAAUACGCCAGGGUGCGAACGACAGGAUGCGGAAUCUGUGGAUGUGGAGUCUACCAAAGCGUCAAGCUGCUCUCGCGGAAUGGGUUAGUGCGAUGCGUGGCGAACUUGUCGAAGAGCUAAUUGAAGCUCAGGAAGCUUAUCAAGAAACGAUGAAUAAAAUUGAAACUGUAAGGGACCAAGCAGAUAUUGACAUACUCACGCGUGUUCAGAUCAUCGGAAUGACAACCACGGGGGUGGCGCAAAACCAGCGGAAGAUUGCGGCUGUAGAACCCCUUGUUGUAAUUUGCGAAGAGGCUGGGGAAGUACUUGAGGCACAACUCAUGGCAUGUCUGUCUCCAGCCUGUCAGCAGCUUGUGCUUAUUGGUGAUCAUAAGCAGCUUCGCCCGCACAUUUCGGAGUACAACCUUAGUGUCGAAAGUGAUCGUGGGAAACGGUUUGCAUUGGACGUAUCGCUGUUUGAGCGCUUGGUCUCGCCGUCCUCAGGUCUGCCGUUUUGGAUGCUAACGGAGCAACACCGCAUGCGUCCACAAAUUUCUCAGCUGAUACGUAUGCUCUUUUACCCGAAAGUUCGCGAUGCGCGUGAGACGCUGGAAUACCCAUCUCUCCGGGGCAUGAACAAGAACGUAUUUUUCGUGACGCACGAUCAUCCUGAAGGUGAUACGGCUGCUGCGGUCGGGACGCCAUCCCGCUCUCAUUCCAAUGAAUACGAAGUCGCGUACAUUAUUGCAACUCUCAUCUACCUCUUACAGCAGGGAUAUCACACGAGUGAUAUCGCCAUUCUCACUCCUUACGUUGGUCAGCUUAUCAAAUUACGCUCCGCGCUCCGAGGAAAGUUUACUCUGGAGCUGAAUGAGCUCGACCUGGACGAAAUCCAUCGUACGUCCGGCGAUGAGGACGAUGACAGCGAAGAUGAUGAAAUGGUUGACACAGCUAGGACGAACAGUCAGGCUUCGCUUGGAGCAGUCAAGAAACAAUUGUCAGGAGAGAUUCGUGCAGCAACAAUCGACAAUUUUCAAGGAGAGGAAGCAACAAUUAUCUUGGCAAGCCUCGUCCGCAGUAACACGAACGCACAAGGUCGUGGAUCAAUUGGGUUUCUCAAGACGCCGAACCGAAUCAAUGUGCUUCUUUCUCGAGCAAAACAUGGGCUGAUCUUGGUCGGUCAUGGCGACUUGCUGCGCACGAAAUCGCCUCUGUGGUGCCAAGUGAUCGAUCAUUUGCAAAAGGAUGAAUGUUAUGGUACUGGGCUACCUCUGAAAUGCCAACGUCACUCAGAUGACUUGCGUUUCGCUACGAAUCCGGGCUCCUUUGCGGAACUCGCACCGGAUGGAGGGUGUCUACGUCCAUGUGGCAAGCGGCUUCCGAACCGUGUCCACGACUUCAACCUGGCUGUGAACAUGUAUGCCCUGGAAUUUGUGGGGAUCCCUGUGGCCGGUGCGAAGACGACACAGAGCCAGAUUUCCCAAUUGCUGCUACCGAACACGGAGAUUGUCGAAAAGAGUGCGAGCGAGUGCUGCCUUGUUGUCAUCGAUGCCGUGGAAUUUGCCACGGAACAUCACCUUGUCCCCCAUGUCAGCGUAUUUGCGACGUCUUCAAAUGUGAACAUGGGUCUUGCAAUCACCCCUGCUGCGAGCCUUGCACUGCCUGCACGGAAUCGUGCACCUGGAGCUGCGAGCACCAUGGAACGUGUGAUCUGCCUUGCGUGUCCGAGUGUGUGUGGAGAAGACUGCCCCACGCCGGAGUUUUGUCAAGUCUGCGGCGACGACAAUAUCAAGGAGCGCGUAGCCGACGUGAUUAUGUUCCGGACGUACGGUGAUGUUGAUCCGAGUGAAGAUCCGGUCUUGGUGCUCUCAUGUUGCUCAAUGGUCUACACUAUGGAAACGCUUGAUGGUACGCUUCACAUGGGCGAGUUCUACGAUAGUCAUGGAAACCCGCGUGGAGCCUUGCCUGGGAAUUACAUGAGCAUGCCCCAAUGUCCGAACUGCAGCAAACCGAUUCGUAACCUUCGACGGUACGGACGCGUGACCAAGAGAGCGGCGAUUGAUUCAGCUGACAAGAAUUUCAUUUCCCACGCACAACGUCAACUGGUCCGCUUACAGGAACGGACAAAUGCGGCUAUUGAAAACGGUGGUGUCACGGAUGACAGGGCGCUGCGGCACGAUCUCCGUUCGUUUGGAGUCACUGUGAAGAGACCUCCAUGCCAGAAGGUGUACGAGGCUUGCGUGGCGCUAGUGACGAAGAGUAGGGGUGGUCAAGGAGGAGGCAAUGUCUACAUUGACUCGAGCACUCUGCCAGUACCCAACUCGUCGUUCCAAUACCUGGGAUGCUUUUACCUGCUCUCUGCUCAGCUCUCAAUGUUGGGUGAUAACGUAUCGACAAGAACUCGAGCGCAGCAAUAUGCUCGCCAAGCGGUGGAUUUGUUUGCCGAAGGAUCGUUCGAAGUACAGGCACGUGAAGCUCGGCUGCUGCUUGUGCAGAUACUGCUUGCCGAUGCUGAAGCCAAACUGAGUAAGACGCUAGAGAAUCGAAAAGAGCAUAAAGAGCGCAAAAAGGCUGUGGAGAAGCCCACUACUGAAGCUUAUGAACUGCUGAAAGGUCUGAGAGCGUCAGGUGCGUCUUUCCUGUCCAAAUACGGAAACGACGUCGUACUGCUCGGGCAAAGACUUGAACGCAUUAUCCAGCGAGCAGCUAGUGCCACGUAUUACCAAAGUGUAUCAAUGGAGGAGAUGAAAUUGAUCAAGAUGGCAAUGCAGACGGAGUUUCGAGGCUCGGGUCAUUGGUACCGCUGCAUCAAUGGCCACUCGUAUUCGAUCGGGGAGUGUGGAAUGGCGAUGGAGGAAACCCGCUGUCCCGAAUGUGGUGCCCCUGUUGGUGGCGCCCGCCAUCAGUUUGUAGAAGGCACUGUGCGUGAUGAGCAGAUGGAAGCGAUAAACUGA